CCAUUCUACUUAUAAUUUCUAUGUUUCAUCAUUCUUGUAGUUUUCGUUUUUAUGUGAAACAGCUCCUUCCAAAACGAACUUUUAGCGAAGUAUUUGUUGACCGAUAAUGAGAUGAAGGCUAAAGUCAAUUGACGUACUGGAAUGUCCGCUGAAUUAGGAUUGCAGCGGUACGAUGUUGAUAGUCCAAGGUGGGAUCAAAGUAAAUUUUUGGGUCGUUUGCGUUAUUUUAUAACGAUCACUGAUCCGCUGAAAGCAUUUGCUAGCCAGGAAACACUUCAAGAUAGCAAACGACUGCUGGAUUUAUACAAAGCUGGCAAAGAACCAUAUGGUACCACUGUGAAAGAUUUGCAACGCGCUCAAGCCUUUUAUGGUUCAGCCUUUCAUCCGGACACUGGCCAGCUGCAAACAUUACCGGGACGUAUGUGUGCCAAUGCUUGGGGUGGUACAUUCCUUUGCGGAGCAAUGAUGCUGUGGUACAAGAGUACGAGAGCCGUAAUUUUCUGGCAGUGGGCUAAUCAGUCCUUCAAUGCACUUGUCAAUUAUACCAAUCGGAAUGCGCAAAGUCCUCUGUCGAAAAGGGAUUUAUUGGUUGCUUACACCUCAGCGGUUGCUGGUGCACUUGGUGUUGCUGUAGGCUUGAAGAAUUAUUUAGUAAAGCGUGCAUUUUCACCACUUUCCCAGCGUUUCGUGCCUUUGGCUGCUGUAGCAGUUGCAAACGCCAUCAAUAUCCCUUUCACACGACAAAAUGAGCUUCUCAGUGGCCUUCCGGUGACGAAUGAAAUGGGACAAGUAGUAGCGAGAUCAAAGCUGGCAGCAUGCAAAGCAAUCAGUUUGGUAGUGUUUUCGCGUAAUGUUAUUGUGGCUCCAAGCAUGUUGCUAAUACCCUUGAUUAUGAACACUAUGGAGAAAUGCAACUGGUAUACCAAUCGCGCCAAAUUCUUAAACAUACCGGUGCAGCUUGUACUUACUUUCGUCCUAUAUGGAUCAAUGAUACCAGUCGGCUGUGCUCUUUUUCCGCAAAUUAACAGUAUCAAAGCUACAACACUGAUGCAGUACGAGCCAGAAACUUAUGCGGAGCUGAAAUAUCACAUGGGCAUAAAUAUGCCUACAACACAGCGUGUUUUUUUCAAUAAGGGAUUGUGACGACAAUUAUAUACGUUGGCAAAUAUCUUUUCUUUACAACGAAUCAAUCCUCAGGAGUCAGUUUCUCAAGUAUCGAAAGUUUUAAAAGGUGUUUCCUGUCCUUUUCUGAGGGACUAUAUGUCUCGUUGCUUCCGGAAAUUAUUUCUUAGUUCUCAGUUGUAAUUUUUUGUAUUAACCAAGUUAGCGUAUAAAGAAUUAUUAAUAAAAGAUUCGCAA